GGAACCCGCGCGAUGAAGAGAGCGUUUGUGACCGUCGGGACCACCAGUUUCGACGACCUCGUCGCUCGUGUGGUCGCCAACGAUACGGUUCAGAUACUCAAGAGUCUGGGUUACAACCACCUUGUCCUACAAAUUGGUAGAGGCACUGUGGUGCCUGAGCCAUUCAGUACUGAGCCAUUCACUCUGGAUGUUUACAGGUAUAAGGAGUCUUUGAAAGAAGACCUUCAGCAAGCUGAUCUUGUCAUUAGCCACGCAGGUGCAGGAAGCUGUUUGGAGAGUCUAGAAAAAGGCAAGCCACUUGUGGUAGUUGUAAAUGAAAAGUUAAUGAACAAUCAUCAAUUUGAACUGGCAAAGCAGUUACACAAAGAAGGCCAUCUCUUCUAUUGUACUUGCAGCAUGCUUCCUGGGCUGUUACAGUCAAUGGAUUUAUCAACACUGAAAUGUUAUCCUCCUGGCCAGCCAGAAAAAUUUUCUGCAUUUUUGGAUAAAGUUGUUGGAUUACAAAAAUAAACUCUCAGUACUUUAAAAUACCCCUAAAUCCAGUUCAUGGAAUAUGACUAAAUCAAAAUAAACUGACGACAUGUAUUUGUAGAACAGUAUAAAAUCAAUAUAUUUACUAUAAACAAUAUUAUAAGGAAUUUUGUGGCAUGAAAAUUACAGUUGCGUCUAGAUAAUAAUUUUGGUAAAUGUUUGGGGUUUCCCUAACUUUUGAAUAUGUAGUGAAUCCUGACUUUGAAAACGUAGCCUUCACAGUUUUGUCCUAAAAUUUCAAGAAAGUAUAAAAGCUGGGUAGUGGUGGCACAUGCAUUUAAUUCUAGCCUUUGGGGCCAGAACCAGGUGUAUUUCUGUGAGUUCAAGGCCAUCCUGGUGUACAUAGCAAGGUCCAAGAUAGCCAGAGCUACUCAGAGAAACCCUGUCUCCAAAAACUAAAAACCAUAAAACCAAAAAAAAUUCCAAAAUGUUAAUAAUCAAAUAUUAGAUUUUAUUUUGAAUAAAAAAUGCUAAAAAUGUAACAUUUUGGUGAAAAAAAAUCAGCAUUUGUAGGGUCAUUCUCUUAAGAGACAGCAUUUUUGUAGAAAAAUGGGUUUACUUUGUAGAAGCUAAUAGUUAAUUUAGAAAAGAUCAAAGUAAUUGAUGGAGUAACUACUUAUAUCCUGAAUAAAAUAGAUAUGUUCACCCUUUGAACUUCUGAUCCUUCAAGUGCUAGGAUUACAGGCAUAUGCUACCAUUUCUGAUAUUUGUUCCUCUAAAGUAGACGAGGGAAAUUGUUCCGUGAGUAAAGUGCUUGCUGAGGACCUGAGUUGGCAUCUUCAGGGUAAAUGUUAGGCAUAGCAGUGUGUGUUUGAAAUCCCUGUGCCUAUGAUGAUAUUGGUAGAUGUAGGCAGAAUCCCUGGAAAACACUGGACUAUGGUUAAACGAGGUCUGUUACCAAACAAGGUAAAAAGGAACGGUAGAGCUUGGGGUUUUCCUCUUACCUCCACCAGCUCACUGUAGGACACAUGCCUACAUUUCACAUGACUAUAUUAUACAGAUAUGUAUGUGAUAAGGUAAUCUUAACAAUGCCUGAAAUAGAGAAUAAAUCCAAAAAUAUAACAGUA